CCACCUCGGCGGCGGCGGCGGCGGACCCUCCUCGCGAGAGCGCCGGGCCAACAAUCCGGCUCUCGGAACGCGUGCCGAAGCGGGGAUGCUGCGCCUUGGACUCGUCGGCUGCCGUAGCCCCUGCUAGGACAGCCCGUGCGCAGCGGCUGCGGGAGGAAGAGAAAGGCAGAGUCGGGUUACAAGAUGGCGGAUCUGUAGUAGUUCCCGCGGCGCCAGGAGAGCGAGCGAGCUCGGGGGGGGAGGGCUGAAGGGAGGGGAGGGGGGUGUGUGCGGGGGUGAAGUGAGCGGUAACGGGGGCUCCGGGCGGCUCCCUGUCACCCCCUUUUCCGUAUCUGUACCUUGGGAGUCAUGUCCUCGGGCGCCUCCGGAGCCGCCGCCGCCGCUAGCGUCUCUCAGGAAUGAGGGACGCCGACUAGGUGUGCGAAGAGGCGGCGGCCGGAGCGGAGGGGGACGGCAGCCACCAUGUCGGAUACGCGGCGGCGAGUGAAGGUGUAUACUCUGAACGAAGACCGGCAGUGGGACGACCGGGGCACCGGGCACGUCUCCUCCACCUACGUGGAGGAGCUCAAAGGGAUGUCGCUGCUGGUUCGAGCAGAGUCGGACGGAUCACUACUUUUGGAAUCAAAGAUAAAUCCAAACACUGCAUAUCAGAAACAACAGGAUACAUUAAUUGUUUGGUCAGAAGCCGAGAAUUAUGAUCUGGCUCUAAGUUUUCAGGAAAAAGCUGGCUGUGAUGAAAUCUGGGAAAAAAUUUGCCAGGUUCAAGGUAAAGACCCGUCUGUGGAAGUGACUCAAGACCUUAUUGAUGAAUCAGAGGAAGAACGAUUUGAAGAAAUGCCUGAAACCAGUCAUCUGAUUGACCUGCCUACUUGUGAACUCAAUAAACUUGAAGAGAUUGCUGAUUUAAUUACCUCAGUUCUCUCCUCACCUAUCCGUAGGGAAAAGCUGGCUUUGGCCUUGGAAAAUGAAGGCUAUAUUAAAAAACUUCUGCAGCUGUUCCAAGCAUGUGAGAACCUAGAAAACACUGAAGGUUUACACCAUUUGUACGAAAUUAUUAGAGGAAUCUUGUUCCUAAAUAAGGCAACUCUUUUUGAGGUUAUGUUUUCUGAUGAGUGUAUCAUGGAUGUUGUGGGAUGUCUCGAAUAUGACCCUGCUUUGGCCCAGCCAAAGAAACACAGAGAAUUCUUGACCAAGACUGCAAAGUUUAAAGAAGUUAUACCAAUCACAGACUCUGAACUAAGGCAAAAAAUACACCAGACUUACAGGGUACAGUAUAUUCAGGACAUCAUUUUGCCUACCCCAUCUGUUUUUGAAGAGAAUUUUCUUUCUACUCUUACAUCUUUUAUUUUCUUCAACAAAGUUGAGAUAGUCAGCAUGCUACAGGAAGAUGAAAAGUUCUUGUCUGAAGUUUUUGCACAGUUGACAGAUGAGGCUACUGAUGAUGAUAAAAGGCGUGAGCUGGUUAAUUUUUUCAAGGAAUUUUGUGCAUUUUCUCAGACAUUACAACCUCAAAACAGAGAUGCGUUUUUCAAAACUUUGGCAAAACUGGGAAUCCUUCCUGCUCUUGAAAUAGUAAUGGGCAUGGAUGAUUUGCAGGUCAGAUCAGCUGCUACAGACAUCUUUUCUUACCUAGUAGAGUUUAGUCCAUCUAUGGUCCGAGAAUUUGUAAUGCAAGAAGCCCAACAGAGUGACGAUGAUAUUCUUCUAAUUAAUGUACUAAUUGAACAAAUGAUCUGUGAUACUGACCCAGAACUUGGAGGUGCUGUCCAGUUAAUGGGACUUCUUCGUACUCUAAUUGAUCCAGAGAAUAUGCUAGCUACAACUAAUAAAACUGAAAAAAGUGAAUUUUUAAAUUUCUUCUACAACCAUUGUAUGCAUGUCCUUACAGCACCACUUUUGACCAAUACUUCAGCAGACAAAUGUGGAAAGGAUAAUAUAAUUGAAUCUAACAAAAACAACACAGUUUGUCCUGAUAAUUACCAAACAGCACAGCUACUUGCCUUAAUUUUAGAAUUACUCACAUUUUGUGUGGAACAUCACACAUACCACAUUAAAAACUAUAUUAUGAAUAAGGACUUGCUAAGAAGAGUCUUGGUCUUGAUGAAUUCAAAGCACACUUUCCUGGCCUUGUGUGCUCUUCGUUUUAUGCGACGGAUAAUUGGCCUUAAAGAUGAAUUUUAUAAUCGUUACAUCACCAAAGGAAAUCUGUUUGAACCAGUUAUAAAUGCUCUACUGGAUAAUGGAACUCGGUACAAUCUAUUAAAUUCAGCUGUUAUUGAGUUGUUUGAGUUUAUAAGAGUGGAAGAUCUCAAGUCUCUUACUGCACAUAUAGUUGAAAACUUUUAUAAAGCACUUGAAUCGAUUGAAUAUGUUCAGACAUUCAAAGGAUUGAAGACUAAAUAUGAGCAAGAAAAAGACAGACAAAAUCAGAAACUGAACAGUGUACCAUCUAUAUUGCGUAGUAACAGAUUUCGCAGAGAUGCAAAAGCCUUGGAAGAGGAUGAAGAAAUGUGGUUUAAUGAAGAUGAAGAGGAGGAAGGAAAAGCAAUUGUGCCACCAGUUGAAAAAUCUAAAACAGAAGAUGAUUUUCCUGAUAGUUACGAAAAAUUUAUGGAGACUAAAAAAGCAAAAGAAAGUGAAGACAAGGAAAACCUUCCUAAAAGAACAUCUUCUGGUGGCUUCAAAUUCACUUUCUCCCACUCUGCCAGUGCUGCCAAUGGAGCAAACAGUGCAAACAGUAAGUGUGUCGUGGCUCAGACGGCAGCUGCACAUUCCAACGGGUCCUCCUCCAAAACGGCAGGCCUGGCUGCGUCAGUCACAGCCGCCAAGGGAAGUUUGGUUGGCUUAGUGGAUUAUCCUGAUGAUGAAGAGGAAGAAGAAGAGGAAGAAACAUCCCCCAGGAAAAGACCUCGUCUUGGCUCAUAAAGUGCUUUACAGGGGAACCAUUAACAUUGCUCUUACCGGAAUGCUGCAGCCGUUCAAUGAGCUGAACAUGUGAAUCAGAAAGGUUUCUCACUUGAACUCAUAAAUGUACAAGGAGUUAUCAGCUAGGAGAGUUUAGUGCUGAUGAAAACCAGGCUUCCCAGGAAUGUGAUCGCUUGCUAACAAUUACGGGGUUUGCCUUUCAGUCUCUUAAAAAAAAAAGUUAGUAACCAGACCUAGGAAGUAGCUUCUCAGCAAGGAAAACCUCAGGUUUUGGGAUGGCUUGUGGGCAAAGAAAAGGUUGAUAAAAUAACAGUAGUGCAGGGUUGCUCUAGGGUUGCAAUCUAGAACCAGUUACAAAACUUGAGUUGCAAACCCAAUAACAUUACUUGUAUAAUGGUGCUGGCCAUGUUGUUGUUUUAAUCAUUUGCCUCUUUUUAAAACAGAUUUUUAUGAGAAAAAAAAUUCAUCUAUCAUAAAAAAAAAAGUUAAGCUGUUGGGACCAUCUCUUUGAAGAUUUCACAGAAUUCAACCUUUCAGGAGGUACAUCAGUAUACAGCACACAUUUACCACAAACUUGCAGUAGUUGUUUUGACAAAAACAAGUUGGGUUCAAAAUGGACAGUUUUGUUAAUAAAACUUUAAAAUCAGCACUUUUAGGGAUGGCAGAAACCAAGAAUCAGUACAGUAGUAUCCUGAAUGACUUGGGGGUGUUUAGAACAAAACGUUGUCAAACUACCAUCGAUAUACUUGUCUAGGGCAGACAUUUGGAGGACACUUUCUGCCUCAUUAGUGAAGUUGUCACUGUCCCCAGUGCUGAGGCAAGUUUUAAAGACUAAGAAAGAAUAGUGCUACAUUACGUAGCAUUUGAUAGCCCAGAAGCCAGUUUGCUCCAGGAAGCCACCGUAGGUGUCAGCAUCAGCAUGCAGCAUAGGAAGUGUUUCCAGGGAAGAAAAAGGAUGGACUUUGAAAGCUGCUUUUUAAAAAGAAUAAAAGCACAUUCCAUGUAGUUGAUGAAUUUAAAAUAAUGGAGGCAAAUAGUUAAGAGGUUUUAUUUUUUAGAACAGCCAAGUUAACUGUAAAUAUUUUAAUGUUCGUUCACUCAUCUAUGAUCUGAGAUCAUGCUGACUUGAGGAAAAUGUCCCCAAACAACAAUUUAUUUCAUUGGGAAAAAAAAUUCUAAAAUAGGAAUACCAACUACAGUCUUUCGGUCACCUUUGUGUUUAGGGUCCAUUUUUCCUGGAAUAGCUUAAAUUGAAGCAGUUCCCCUGUUUUUUGGAGAUUUUGUAGUUAAUUUUAAUUUUGACUAUUAUUUGGAAAAGAUGGACUGUCUGUGUAGAUACGAAUUAUAGUUUUUCCAUAAAACAGAUGUUUAUUUUGUAUUAAAGAUACCACUGUACUUGUUUUACACCAUUUGUAUACAUGUGGUGAUAUUAAUGCUGAACUGUAAAAUUCAGGAAUUAAAAUGUGACCCUCUAAUUUCAUGAUUGAUGCUUGUGUUUGUUUUGUUGUAAAUAUAAGUUAAAUCUUUUUAUUUCCAUUUUAUAGUGUUUUUAAAGCAAAUAAGAUUAUCCAUGGAUAUUUAUUAUAAACCACUAGUUAAUGCUCUGGAAGAAUUCUAAGUGAGGGUCAACUGCACUUUAUAUAUCACUGACUACAUUGAGCAAGUGACUUUUGGGCAAAUCAGAUCUCAACACCCAAGCAUCACAACAUGGAGCUAUCCUUUUAAGAAAGGUGUCCUUAAUUACAAAGCUUUCCACCUGCUAACACAAGUCAGGGUUUUAUCCACAAAAAUCAGUAAAAUUACCAUAUGAAUACUUUGAAGCAAGUUUUAUCAAGCCCCUACUUACCUCUUAGCCCUUGUAUGUCUUUUCUUCCAUUCUCAAAACUCCAAGCUAAACUGCUUUCUGUUGAUUCUUAAGUAUCCUGAGUUCCAGAAUCUUAUACUCUAUAAUUUUCCUUUCUAAAGAAUUGCCAUGAGUCAAACUUUUAAAUGAUCAUCACAUAAAAAUGUGAAUGUUUUCUUAAAAUUAACUUACAUAUGCAUACCUGUCACCAUAAGAGAACAAGACAUCUCUAAAGAAAGGAACUCCGAAGAUCCUACAAUAGCUGCUGCCUUAAAACCUGUGCUCAGGCACACCUGGGUUUUUAUACUUCACUCAGUGAAGCAAACCAGAGCCCACACUUGUAAUGCCUUAGGACCUCUUAAAAUGGUAUCUGUAAACAUGUAUCCAAUAUAAAGCUAUUUUUAAUAAAAGUUACCUGAAACAA